AUGAGCCAAUUAAACGGUACCGCAAGUCAUCAACUAAGCGCGACGGCACUCCUUCCAUCUCCGAACGGAUCAUCUCAUCAUCAUCCGUUUGAUCUCUACGAUUUUCCAGAUGACUCCGAUUUUCUCGGAGUCAAUUUUCGCGGUCACAGAGCGGGUCCUUCGAGAAGUUCUGGAUUUUGGGAUUGUUUCAUCGUUUGCCGACACAAAUUGGAUCAUCAAGUCGGGAAAAGACGAGUGAGUGUUUGUCGACAAUUUUUUUUUCUCACCGCAUAUACUAUUGCACGAUAA